AUGGCCCGUGAUAACCUCUCCAUCGUGCUCGCCGAACGUCCCACCACAGACAUCAUCCCCGGCCAGACCUUUACCCAAAAGACAUCUCCAGCCCCCACGCCAGCUGAUCUCCAAGAUGGUCAAAUCCUAGUUGAGACCCUCUACCUGUCCCUUGACCCCGCCAUGCGAGGCUGGCUCCGAGACAUGCGAUCUUACCUCCCUCCCGUUCAGAUCGGCCAAACCAUGCGUGGUUCAUGCGCAUGCCGCGUCCUCGCCUCCAAGAGCAAGCAGGCCAAGGAGGGCGACAUCGUCUCCGCCCUAACAGGCUGGACUGAAUUCGCCAUUCUGCCCGAAGGUCGUUUCGAGCCUGCGUCUUUGUACCCCGGUCUCCAGGACCCCAAGGACAUGCUUUCUGCUCUUGGAAUGACCAGCUUGACUGCUUGGGUUGGCAUGUCCAAGAUCGCUGACCCCAAGCCCGGUGAGCUCGUCGUCGUGUCGGGCGCUGCUGGUGCUACUGGAAGUGUGGCGGGUCAGAUCGCUAAGCUCAAGGGUGCGAGGGUCGUGGGUAUUGCGGGUGGUGAUGAUAAGUGCAAGUGGCUCACUGAGGAGUUGGGCUUCGAUGUUGCGCUGAACUACAAGGCGGACGAUUUCAAGGAAAAGUUCGCCGAGGCGACAAAGGACUAUAUCGAUGUCUACUACGACAAUGUCGGCGGCGAUAUCCUCGACAUGUGUCUCAUGCGAGCAAAGGAACACGCUCGUUUCAUUGAGUGCGGUCUCGUCAGCCAGUACAACGCCGCCAAGCCCCAGGGCCCCCGAGCAUUCUCCCAGAUCGUCACCAUGCGCAUCCGAAUGCAGGGCUUCAUCGUCCUCGACCACGUCAAGGACUUCCCCACUGCCCGUGCUGAGCUGGCUCAGUGGAUCGCGGAGGGUAAGCUCAAGAAGACCGAGACUGUUGUUCGUGGUGGUCUUAAGGUCGCUGAGCAGGCUCUGGUCGACCUUUACAAGGGUAUCAACACUGGAAAGUUGAUCGUUGAGAUUAAGAACCACAAUGAGACCCCCUCGAAGCUGUAG